AUGGUAUCGAAACUAAUCCCGUCGCAGGCAACAUUACUACAGAUCACCCGAUUCAUUGAAGAACCUUUCCAAGCCAAUGCUCGUCCCCCCUCUCUCCGGAAAUAUCAUGAACGAAAUAAUGGACUGAUCUCCCAAUAUCUCUACAUUGAUCGACUGCUGGACUCCUCCCUACCCCACAAUCUGAUUGAGGAAUACAAUGAAUUCAGAACCCCCAAACUUACGCCAGAUGGAACCCAUCAGCCAUCCUCUGUGGCAAUGGAUGAGGCCGAACCGCUAGAAGCCAACCCUAGAGGCGGAAGGAUCAAACGCACUGCGCAUAAUCUUUAUCGCAUUCCCGAUGAGACAACUCCCUUGUUCCACUCCUCCGAGGGAGUCGACGGCCCGUCAGGGCGUAUACCCGACCUAGAAUCACCUGGAGCGAUGCCGCCAGGUGACGAAGACCGCGUUAUCAACCUGGCCAUUCGCAUCAAUUUCAUCGCCAACGUUACUCUUCUUGCAUCGAAGAUCGCCAUCAUGGCCAUGACUAGCUCGAUGUCCAUGCUGGCCGGUUUGGUUGAUGGAGUCUUGGACUUUCUCAGUACGGUUAUUAUCUGGGUAACGACAAUUAUGAUCCGCCGAGAAGAUCGUAAUCGAUACCCCAUCAGCCGUCGACGAUUAGAACCCAUCAGUGUGCUGAUCUUCUCCGUCAUCAUGGUCACUUCCUUUUUCCAAGUGGCGUUGUCAUCGAUGAAACAGUUGAUUGCAGACGAUCACAGAGUCGUGGAGCUUUCCGCUCCAUCUAUCGCGUUGAUGGGUGGCACCGUAUUGGUCAAGCUGCUCUGCUGGCUAUGGUGCCGAUUGAUUCCCAGCCCAAGUGUCCAAGUGUUGGCCCAGGACGCCAUGACUGACGUUGUCUUCAACACGUUCAGCAUCAUCUUUCCCUUGAUUGGAACUUUCGCAAACCUUUGGUACUUGGAUCCCUUGGGUGGUCUAAUCCUCUCUUGCUACAUCAUGUGGAACUGGGGUCAAACGGCCGCGGAAUACAUCCGCCGGUUGACAGGCGCCGCUGCCUCUGCCGAUGAUCACAGCAUUUUGCUGUAUAUGACCAUGCGGUUCUCCAGAGUGAUCCACAAGAUCCAAAACUUGAAAGCGUACUACGCGAGUGACAAGCUGAAUGUUGAGGUUGACCUCGUCUUGGAUGAAGGGACCAGUUUGCGGGAUAGCCAUGAUGUUGGUGAGAGUCUACAGUAUAUCCUUGAAAGUGUGCCUACUGUCGACCGUGCCUUUGUCCAUCUGGACUAUGAUGAGUGGAACCUACCCAGCCACAUGAAUCAGAUGGAUCGGUAA